GAUGCAGGCCUGGGCCCUCCUCUUUAACCCCAGUGAGAACUCUCAGGGCUCAGUUGCCUGAGGGCAACACUGUGAUCCAGAUGAUGGAGAAUCUUCUCAUUACUCUGAAAAGCCUUAGCGCCACAUGGCUGAGCCCCAGCCCCACUACCUUUGUGACCGAUAUGAUCCUUGCCUUUGCGGGUGGAGUGGGGCUCUUCCUUUUGUUACUGCCCUGGCUCCAGGGUGAACCAACCUUACAACCAUCUAGGAAAAAUAGAAACAUCAAAAAGCAUCCAGUGCUGAUGAGGUGGAAGAGCAGGAGUAGGAACAGGAGAAGGAAGAGGACAGCUGCUCUCCUAGACUACCAGAUUCACCGGAAGUUGGCUAAGAAGCUAAUUCCCCUUCUGAAAAGAUUGCCGAGGCUGCUCCCUGGCCAAGGAGGCUCUCAACAGCCCGCACACCAACACCACCCUGCUGAUGCGGGUACCAGAGUACCUGUCACAGCCCCACAGCCCGAUGGGGAGGAAGCAGACCCUGCUGCUCCGUCCCUGGUAGAGGUGGCCCCCUCUCCUCUCACUCCACACCUUCUACCUCCGGCCCCCUCUCCAUCACCAGGCCCAUCAGCAACCUCCUCCGAUUUUGUGUGUUCACCCACACCCCUCACUGCCUCUCAGACCCCGGAGCCCCCGCUUCCCCUGGGAAGACUUGCACCCCGGCCACUUGCACUUUCCCUUUCCCCACCAUGUCCCCCAGAUCCUGCCACAACCUCACAACCCUGGUGGGACACAAGAGAGAAGCCAGAACAGCAGUUCGGUCCUCAGCAGCUCUCAUAUCCCAAGAUCCUGGGGGCCUGCUUUCAGCAGAAAUGGGCCCAGCUUUUCUGGGGUCUGCCCUCUCUGCACAGUGAAUCCAUAGUGGCUGCUGCCUGGGUCUCUCAGAACCCUCCCAUUCCAUACCUUCCCACCUUCUUAUUCAACAGACCCUCACCUGUUUGCCCAGUUCACAUGCAGGCUCAAAUGUUCCCGCUGCUUCCCCUGGCCCAGGCCCCAUCCUGUCUGGAGCCCCGAUGCCCACCCCAACCCCAGCCCCCAGCUCUGGGUCAGGCCCAGACUCAGACCCACCCCCAAUCCUCCUCCCCCGUCCUGUUAGCACCCUCUCCGCCCCUCAGUAGGGGCUGUGAAGCAUCCUGUUCUACAUCCCAUAACCCACACUCACUCAUCCCAGCUGAAAUUCAACACCCAGGAAGGCCCUCGUCGAAGAAACACCUAGAAGAUGGGCGGACUGUUCCCUCAGCAGUCGGAAGCCCUCAGGAGGGUUACUGUCCCUCCACUUCCAACUUUUGCCAAGGCAAGGGUGCCGCUGCCACCCUUCGUGAGAGUUUUUCAAUCAGCUCUGAGGACUGGGAAAAACUAGAGCAACACAUUCGAAAACGUCAUGUUCAACACCAGCAGGACCUGCCCGGCAGGAUCCAGGAGUCUCCAGAACUCCCACAGCCUCAGUGUGACUUAGCUCAUUCACCUCAGGUAAAGGACAAACCCAGGCUCUCACAGUCAUCUGUGUCUACAGGUGAAUGCAGCAAGGAUGUGCAGAAGAUGAGGGCCCAGCUAAGGAAGGUCUCAGGCACGAAUCUGGGGCAUAUUCUAGGCAAGGCCCCCAAAGAUCUCUCCAGGCCCCUAGGAAGCUCCCCAGGGAAGGUUCUGGGGGCAACCUCUGAGGAAUCAGAGAGAAACCUGAUGUGGCCCACGGACAGUGACACAAGAAAUGACUCAUUCGGAAGCAGAGAUAAGACACGUCUAGAAGCCGAGCUGAAACCACAUUUGGAUGUGAAGAUGGGGCAGAUCCGUGAGGGGCUGUUCCCUCUGAGAGUGCGCCGGUCCUGGCUCGCUGUAAACAGUGUCUUUUCCAAGCCUCAUACCCACAAGGAAACCAAAAAUCCAGCAUCCUCCAGGAGUCGGGAAACCUGUGUGAGCACGGUCCAGAAGUUUUUCCCCAAUCCACACACUCUGCAGGACCUGGAGAUGCAGGAUGCAAGGCGUAGGGUGAGGCACAGGUGGGGCCUCCCCCUCAAACUCCUCAAGGUUGUAAACAUCUUUAAGUCUACAAAGGCUGCACCUUCACCCUUUCCACAGUGUGCCCAUCCCUCCUCCUCUGGCGGUGUGUCCUGGGCCAACUUGACAGUGGAGGAUGAUGCCACGUUCCUGGGAAAACCACCUCAGGGAUGUCCGGGAGAGGAGGCGACAGUCAGGCAGUCUGUCCGCGCACUGGACAGUCCCCUUGUCUCCUCUCUUUUAGGUAAGGAGACCGAGAGGGCCCUGACAGCGAUCCCUCUUGGUGAUGGCCAGGGGUCCUCAGAGGCCCCCCUCACUAGACAGGACAGUGCGGGGCCUUCACAGCAACUCACAUCCAGCCUCAUGGGCAGAACCUGUGAGAGCAGGACCACCCAAAGGGUUGGCAGAGGCAGCCCAGAAAUGCCCUUGCUUCCUGGAAUAUGUGCUGCCCAAGAGGCAGGAGAGCCAGGCCUUUGGGCAGACACUAGGAGCAACUUUCAGCACGGAGUGGAGGUCAAGUCAUUGAGCCACUCUCAAGUCUGUGUCGCAGAUGUCCACCUUCCAGACUCUCCCACUGACUCUCUCUGUUCUUCACCCUCUUUGGCGUCUGUGGUGUCCCAGUGCCAUCAACACAACAUGCCUCUAGGGGACAUGCUAACUUCACAGCUGUCAGGUGACCUAAUGGCAGACACAGGGAGCAACCCAGGGCAGCAGAAGCCCUGGAUCCUGAAACAUCAGCACUCACCAAAGAGCCAAAGCAAGACAUCAGUCCCUGCUGACAAGCAUGAGGUUGGUAGGAGCUCCAGCUCAGGAAAACAUGAAGACAGGUUGGGAGACUUGGGGACCUCUGAGCCCACCCAGGAUGGGGGAAUAGAAGACACCUUAGAGAGUAAACACCUUCAGCUCCCACAAAAGAAACCAGUCCCCUCAGAAGACUACUUCCAAAAAAGCAUGAAGAAAUUUCUACAGCAGGUUUUACCUAAGAAAGAGAUCAAAGGGCAGGAAGACAACCAGAAAAAUGGGAAGCCUGCACCCGCCAGGACCCAGAGUCAGAGACCAGCCAAAAACAGACCUCGUGUGGACCACAACACUGAUGAGGCUCAAUGGCUCAAGAUAACACUUGGGCAGAUGCCAGAAGCCAAAAUGAUGCUUCAGCAUGAACUUUGUGCCUUGAAGUUCAAUCAGCACAAAGAGGAAGGAGGUCACACCCCAGUCUCCCAGGUUUCCUGCUCCUCAGAGCACAGGAGAAAGCCAGGACAUGCAGCCACCCGCAAGUGCCACAGCUGUCCUACCAGGCAGAGGCACCUCCGUGGCCAAGAGUCCUUGAAAACUGGACAGCUCAACAGUGAGCAGCAGGGCCAGAGGGAUGCCCACCCGUCCUUCCCCAUCAAGGCUGUGUCCCCAGUCAGCCCCUCCCAGUAUGGCCCAACAGUGUCCAGGGCACCAGGCCAACAAUAUUACUGUCCAAGGCAUGGUCUUCGGAGAGGUGUCUUGACUGGACAACAGAGAAAUUUCUCUCCAGUCUUUAGUAGGAAAACACAUGUCCAGGAAAAAAAAUUAUCUAUGUAGAGGAAAAUGAUUUUUCUCGUUAUGCAUCCAAGAUAUUUACUGUACCCCAAUACAUGGAUGUUUCCUCCUAAGAGAAAUGGCCUCUGUCUGCUCUGCACUUGGUGUGGGCUCUGGUGUCUACAAGGGAGCAGUGUGGUGGAGGUGACAGAGGGGUACAAGCCUAUUUUCAUCCUUAGUUCCUUCACUGAUCCUUUUCCACUGCUCCCUGC